AUGAGUGACAAGGAUUCACCUCCUAAGGCGGCAGCCACGGCCCCGCAAUUUGACUCUCGAAUUGUCACCUUUGUGGUUGGACCUCGCAAGGUUCGAUUCGGCGUUCACGAAAGUACGCUCUCCCAAGCCGAGGCCGGCCACUUCUUUAACAAAUCUUUUACCAACGGCUUCCAGGAGACAAACACCGGAUGCAUGGAGCUGCCCGAAGAUGAUCCUGAACAAUUCCGAUGCUUUUUGAGAUGGCUCUAUGGCAUCUGGGUGCAGCCAAAUCAGCCCUUGAAUUGCUGGACAGAGCUCGACUUUUCGCAGCAAAUCAAGCUCUACGCUUUCGCGCACAAAUACGCCAUUCAUGCUCUCCAUAAUGCGAUCAUUUGCGAGCUGCACAGUACCGAGAUUAAGAAGAAGUGGGGUCACAUGGGCAUCCGUCGUGAAGAGCUCGAAUUCCUCGUGGCCAAUGUGCCAGAUGGAUCUCCCAUGCACAGACUCCUUGCGGAUUGGCUCAUCAAGGAUGAGUUGAAUGUGAUCUGA